AUGCCAGACGACGAUCAAUCGUCAGCAGUACUCGCAGCACGAAAGACAUUAUACGACGCAGGCAUCAAAAUCCGACGCGAAGUCACCGGAGCCGAACAUGUCGAGCGAUCCACAGCAAAUAUCACAGACUUCUCAAAGCCAAUGCAAGACUUCGCCACCGAAGCUGGUUGGGGUGGCCUCUGGAGUCGCCCAGGCAUAAGCAGACGAGAUCGAUCACUGUUGAACCUUGCCAUGCUAACGGCUAUGGGCAAGGACAUGGAGCUCGGUGUGCAUGUACGUGGAGCAGUGAGGAAUGGCUGCUCGCUUGUUGAGAUUCGCGAGACGCUUCUGAAUGCUAGUGGGUAUGCUGGACUUCCGGCAGGUUUGGCAGCGUUUAGAGUUGCUGAGAGAGUACUGAAAGACAUGGUAGAGAAGGGACACUACCUUAUUGCUCUUCUCGAGUCUGAGUACCCUCGUAAUUCGCAUGAGACCUUCAGCAACUCUAAGUUCACGCUUGCACUAUGGGGGACUAACACGUACGCUUGUGCCAUCGUCUUAAAGGUCUUCAUGACGAAGUGGAAGCUUCGCACCGUUGUGAAGGCCUUGGUCACGAAAACGACGGUCAUGUCGGAGGUCGAUUAUCUGUGCGCAAAUCGCAAUUAUCACAGAGCCGAUCAGAUGAGAGAUCAAGAUUCGCGCAAGCUCGGGUAG